ACGGCGCUCCCGCCGGCGGUAACGGGACUCAGCCCCAUGGAUCCGUGCCCGGGCAGGCCCAAGGCCCCUUCCUUCCUGUCGGACCUGGGCAAGGCCACUCUGCGCGGCAUCCGCAAGUGCCCGCGCUGCGGCACCUACAACGGCACGCGGGGCCUGAGCUGCAAGAACAAGACCUGCGGCGCCGUGUUCCGCGCCGCCGCGCGCCGCCAGCCGGGCGCCGACGCCGUGCGCCUGCACGCCGGCGCCCAGGGCCACCUCUACUCGGUGCGCCAGCGCCACUCGCGCUGCUUCGUGCAGCUGGGGCUGUCCCAGACGGCCAUCCAGACCCCCGAGGGCACCCUCAUCACCCAGCUGAGCUCGGGCCGCUGCCACGCGCCCGCCUGCGCCGAGGCGGCGGCGGCCGACGGGCAGUGCCAGCACCUGAAGCUGGCGCUGGGCUGCCGGGCCGAGGCCACGGCGCUGCCGCUCAAGAGCUCGGUGCUGGGAGCCGUGCAGGCGCCCGCCGAGGCCAAGCAGAGCCUGUGGGAGCUGGCGGCCGAGCCCACGGGGCCGCUGGUGCAGAGGGUGACCAAGAGCGUGCUGGUGGUCAAGUGCAAGGCCAGCCAGAGGCACAGCCUGGGCUAUCUGCACGCCAGCUUCGCGCAGCGCCGCUUCUCCUGCGCCUGCCGGGCGCCCCGGCACGGCCGCGCCAAGGGGGAGCGGGAGGACGAAGAGGAGGAGGAGGAGGAGGAGGAGGAGGAGGAAGAGUCGCCCCCCGCGCGCUGCGUCCACUUCCUGGCCUGCAUCUGCGCCUUCGCCAGCGACGAGAGCCUGGCCCAGGAGUUCUCCGAGUUCCUCGCCUCCGACGCCGGCGGUCUGAAGGGGACGGUGAUCCCGCAGCUGCUGCGCGGCCCCGGCUCCACGGCGCGGGCUCGGGGGGCGCCUGCGGCCAAGGCCAAGAGGAGGAAAAAGGACCUGGGGCCAGCGCCGCAGGUGCCCGGCCCCCUCCUGGCUCCAGACCCGGCUCAUCCCGGCCCCAGGAGGAGCAGCCUGAGGAAGCCACCGGUCGCCUCCUCCUCGUCCUCGUCAUCUUCAUCCUCGCUGAAGAGACACGGAACGACACCACCAAAUCCCCCCCAAAAACCAGCAAUGUGA